UGAUUUAUUUGUAUAAAUGCUAGUUGACUGCGAUUAUAUUGUUAUAAUAUAAUUCUGUUGCUCAAUUAGCCAUGGCAUCCACCAACUUUUUAACAGUUAAAACGCAUUUAUCGGAGUUGAAACACAAUUCUGACAAAGACACGUUAAGCGAAGCUUCCGAAAGUGGAACGAGUAACACAGUGACGUCAGCAGAAGACCUACAGAAAUUAGCCGUGAUACUUGGGCUAAACAGUGCUGAAGAUGUGUACCAGGAAAGAUUCCGAGUUGACCGACGUCGCCUGGAGGCAAUGCUUGCUGAUAACUUGGAUGACUCACAAACAGCUCAAGCAUUCUUCCACCGGGUAAUGACUGAAACAAACACAUUGAUUAAUUGGCCAGCUCGUCUAAAAAUUGGUGCUCGAUCGAAAAAAGACCCACACGUGAGAGUCGCUGGUCGACCUGAUGAUGUGAAGCUGGCUCGAGAGAAAAUAAUUCAGUUAUUAGACACAAGGAAUAACCGGGUUACAAUGAAGAUCGAUGUCAGCUACACUGAUCACUCGCAUAUCAUCGGAAAGGGCGGGUUGACCAUAAAGCGCGUGAUGGAGGAAACAGGGUGUCACAUUCACUUCCCUGACUCGAACCGCACCAGCACCGUAGAGAAGAGCAACCAGGUUUCCAUCGCUGGCGAUAUGGAGCGCGUUGAGAGGGCUAGAGCUCGUGUUAGAUCUCUGACUCCACUGGUGUUCUGCUUCGAGCUGCCGAUAGUGCCGAGCAGUCAGCCGCUGCCAGACAUCAACUCGCCGUAUGUGCAGAAUAUACAGGACCAGUACAAUGUACAGGUAAUGCUGCGUAACCGUCCGAAGCUGCACGCGAACCUGCUGGUGGUGAAAGGAGUGCAGUGGGAGGUGCAGGCCACCAUGGAAGCUACUAACCUGCUCAUGAACUACAUGUGCGGACCUUUGGCUAACCAAACCCAAGUGCAGAUGUCCUUAGAAAUAUCACCCAUGCAUCACAGCGUAGUCGUCGGCCGCGGAGCCGAACAGCUCAAGGUCAUCAUGAAAGGCACCAACACCCAGAUCAUGUUCCCAGACGCCGAAGAUCCUAACAUACCGGUCAUCAAGAAGUCCAGUGUGACUAUAACUGGGAGUAUUAAGGAUGUUUACGCGGCUAGACAGCAGUUAGUGGGCAGCCUACCCAUUGUCGUGAUAUUCGACGUACCGGACGACGCGAGCCGUAUCGACAACGAUCUAGCCAACAAGCUGAUGCACAAGUAUAAUGUCUACAUCAAUGUACGUCGCAAGCCUAAGCAGGGGAUCACUUCCGUCGUUGUUAAAGGCAUUGAGAGAUGUGCUGGUGACAUUUACGAAGCCCGCCGCGAACUCCUAGGCGACAAAGAGCCCGUGAUCACCGCAGAAAUACCCGAAUCCUACAACAUCCCAUCCAUUUCGGCCAACAAUAUGUCCAACUAUGGCGUCUUCAAUCCUUUCUCGCCAACACACGGGGUCAAUAUGGGCAAUUCUCCUUGUUCUCCCUUCAACUUACAGCUGAACGAGUUGGCCAACUUCGCAGGCCUUGGCAGCCCAAUGUUUGGCCAUAACCCGCCAACUCCUGGUGGGUAUCCAACCCCCUUGUCCCCGGUAGCGUUAACCCCACCCUGUGGAGUGUUCCCUAACUCCUGGAUGAUACCUUCUCCUCAGCCGAGGAGUGGCCAGUUUCAUUAUCCUAAUAUGCUCCCGAAUCCUAAUUCGGGUAUGUAUAAGAAUCAGGGCGGGUCGUGGAACCCGAUGACAAACGGCGCAGAAAUGGGGGUCCCUCAACCGAUGAUGAUGCAGCCUCCUUACCAGCAGCAAAUGCCAACUGAUAAUAGGCCCAUUACGUUGAACCAGAUUCUGAACUCGAGUACACAGUGCAGCAGCGGCUACCAGAGCAACUUCACUGGGAGCUCCGCCUCUCUUGACACGCAAAACAUAUCUGGUGGUGGCGAGGGCAGCCACGUGGUGUCUCCAUCCAUGUCUCCGAUCAGCAAGACUCACAGCCCCGCGCCCUCUACUGACGCUGAACGCUCACAAAACGAAUUAGCGAACAUCAUAUCAGAUCUGCCGAUAGCUGAUCGCCGCGCCGUGGGCUGCGAGAAGAAAACCCUGGAGACACUCAACAAGCUGUCCCCGCUGUCAGACUACAGGAAGAUGAAGACUGAAGCUGGCAAGGCUAUGCGUGAGACGGUAGGCAGCGGUUACCGCGUGCCGACGCCGCGCUGGUCGGGCUACUACUUCAGCCACACCUCGCCCGGACCCAUCAACUUGAACGAUAAUAGCGAUUCUGCUGUAACUACCCCGGAAAAAGGCUGGAACCGUUCUGAGCUGGUGCGUCCUAACAUAGCGGAGGGUCCCUCAUCCCCCGCGCACGUGGCCUCCCCGCCCGCCACCUGCCGCUACCAGCAGCUGCUUACUCUACUGCGGGAUGUGGGCUUGCACAAGUAUAUUGAUUUGUUCAAAAAGCACGAGCUAGACAUGUCUACGUUCACCUCUCUGAACGAGGCGGAUCUCAUCGAGAUCGGAGUCACCGCCUUCGGAGCUCGCAGGAAGAUGCUGCUCAUGAUAGCAGAUUUAAAAGCCAAUAAAGCCUACCAGAGCUCGUCAGCCACCGGUGAACGUAACAUAGUCGCUUCGCCUGCCAAGUUCACCCUCACACCAGACAAAUGGUAAAUCACCAAUUACAUUCCAAGCUACGCAUAAUACCAAGAAAAUAAGAAUAUCAAUUUAUAAGGCAUUUUUAAUCGCAUGUUUUAUUUUUACUUUUUUUAAUGGAUUGAAAAAAAAUGUACUUAGUAAGGUUUUUUAAAGGAAA